AUGAUAGCAUUGAAACCGCUUCCUGCUUCUCUUGACGUUGUCAAGUUUGCUCAAGCUCGCGCAUUUGAAAUCGAUGCUAUGGAACGUACCAUGCGAACUACAAAAGAUGCCGCAUCGAGUCGCGCCUGGCAAUCCCUCCCGCGUCAUCUUAGGCGAAGAGCAGCCAGUCAUAACAUCCGCCGGGUCCCAGCUCGUCUGCGUGAGAGAGCUCGCAAAGAGAUGGAUCCAGUGAAGAAGAAACGCCUCAAUGCCUUGAUAGCAAAAGCCGGCAAGUCCAAGCAUCAGACUCGUAGCGAAAAAUUUCAGGCCAGGCAGCGUCCGGUAAGCCUCGUCAACAAGCGGUGGCUCGAAACGCAUAUUUGGCAUGCAAAACGUAUGAAAAUGGAGAACAAAUGGGGAUAUAGACUGUCGCUGCAUCCCACCGAGAAAGCUUUCCGUCCGUCCCAUCGAGCAGCAGUCCACGGCUGCAUAUUGCACGAUUCGUCAUACAUCGGGACUUUGGAAAUAAAAGCAUCACAGGAAAUUCUCAAGCGGCUAAUUUACAAGGUCUGCAACCCUCAAGGGAUUAGUGCAGCAGCUGCUCGGUAUACAAAUGGAUCUCGUGCAUGUUCAACUGAGCUUUAUGAAAGUUCAAAGUACCCCUUGGGAUUCAUCGCACCUGCUAAAAUACUUUGGAUGCCAUUGGAAGACAAGACCGCAAGCCAGCAGCCUCAAGGGACAAAGGUACAGGAUAUCGGGUCGGGACAGCGCACCUUAUGGAUACGAAUUCAUCCAUCAGCGUAUGAUAUGGCUUCAAAGAAUGUGACUAAUACUGUUAUGGAAAUUCUGGAGUCGGAGCGAAAGGCAGGGAACCCUUCUGUCUCCGUAGAGAUUGCAGACCUUCGCAGUCACCUGGUGUCCUUCGAUUUGGUCGGUCCUAAAUCAAGCCAGGUAAUCCACGGUGCUUUCGGAUUGGACGGGACCCAGAAGGCUGCUAUCAAGAAACAGUUUUGGAGUGCCUUGGGCAAGCUUGUGACUCCAGCAUCCUGUCCCCGCGAUCUUGUUGCUGGAUUACAGGUGCAUGAUCCGAGACUCAAAUUCCCUCCCAAAAACACAUCCGUCAAGGAAGGCGAGAACAACCUACCUAUGGAUAUCUUUACUAUAAACCCGAGUGCCUCACUGGCAUCUAGUUCUCUGUGGUCGGAGCCAGUUCGCUCCCGCUUGGCAAAGCCUACUUUCAAGAAGAAGGAUCUCGACGAAAGACGCGCAAAGCAACUCAUUCCGGGAACCCCCUUAACACCACUUCGUCAGGACGAUCGCAUUCCAAUCAUCCUGGUUCAAGGAUCCAAUGAAGUAUCACCGGCUCCGGGCGUCAAUCAGAAUUCUGCGAGUGCGGUCCAUGGCUGGACUCUCUUAGCUCCGCAAGGUUGGGGCAUGGCAUUACUGUCUUCCCUUGUUUUUACUGGAACUCGAGUCGGAGGCCUGAGAGAAGUCAAAUCUCAAUGGUUUGAAUCGGGACUUCCUUACUUCCCUGACGACUUCUCCGGGACGAUAUUAGGCACCGAUAACCAGCGCUCUGUCGGGAAAGAAGCAGAGGCGAAGUGGAGCCGCACGCCGCCAGCGAAGCGGACCUCGUUUACGACUCUAGGAACGAGGAGCCCAUUUCAACCAGACUGGAAUGUUGUAUGUGGACUAGUUCAACCAGUAGAACGGUCCGAAGGCUUUGAGCCCACUCAACGGAUGGAAGAGGACCAAGUCGACCCAUGGCUACUACAUGGUCAAGGGACACAUGAGAUUGUGCUUGAAUUGGUCGGCGUGGUCGAUCCCGCAACAACCAUGAUACAGCUUCUCGAUGCUGCUCGCCAAAGUCGGGGACUUACACCACUCACGACCGACCCUCAAGUUCUUUACUGCAGCGGACUGGUACUCGUCAAAAUCACUAUGCAAGGGCGUGGAAUUCCAAGUGACAUGUCCAUGAUCUACGACGUCUCUGACAAAGAACUUGAGUCUUGGGAGAAUGGGGUCAGCGAGCGGACCUUCCAAGGACCAGCUCCCGCAGACGAAAUUAUCGGAUAUGUCACCACCGGCCGACCCUCCCUCGUGCGAGGGUGCGGUAUGGGAAUAGGUGCAGUGGCCCUAUCCAGAGUUGUUCGGUCCAUGAGCAGAGUCAGUCAUAAAACCCUUCAAGGGCACCUAGUCAAGAUUCGCGAAGCACACGGAGAAGUUUACUGGCCGGCUCUCCUUGAUGUCAUCUAA